ACACAGGAACACACGAGGGCUAGCCUGAUAUGGGCGUUCCUCAUAACAACUUAGCGCUGCACGAAAGAUAUUGGUUGCUAAACUUUCAGUGCGUCAUUGUUAUCUCUACUUCCCGUUUUCCAAGAUUCCUACUACACAACAACUUCAAGUUGUGUUACCAACGACUGCUCCUGGUCCAGGUGGUGUUUUGCUGGACCGUCAGGAUGGAUUCAGGCAAAAGCGAGCUGCUGAACUCUUUGGAGACGUAUCUGAACAACAAAGCCAGACUACAACCCAUCAUAGGCCUGGGCACCAUUAUAGAGUGUGUGAAUGUGACUUCACGGGCCAGAGAGACGUUGUACCUGUGUGAGGUGUGUGCAUGCAGACUCACCAAAGCUGAUAUGCGGAACCACAUAAUGGGGAGCCACCACAGAUUCAACUACAUUAAAGCCUGUCACCCCCACUUAGUGUCUAAGUGGCUGGGCAGCCCUGACCUGUCUAAGAUGGCUUGGCCUUUAAUGGAGUUGGCUAAAGUGUUGGAGAAGAAAGAAGGACCAGGAAAGGUUCAGUUGUUUGAAGUUCAAGAUGAGCUUUACCAGAUGAUGGCGACACAGAGUGAAAAUCAUGCAGUGACUCUGAUGAAGACUUUAAAACAAGAGCAAGCCGAGUUGGAGAGCUUUUCCGAAACGAAACCUUUGCAUUAUCCGGUCGCGUCUCAGAGGGUCGUUUUGCCUGCACGCAACCAGUGGGAACAUCCAGAGACAUCCGACAGGGGUGACAUGAAAUUAGUUCAAGUCUCACAGCAAACUGAGCCGAAGACACUGUUACAAAACAUAUCAGCCCCACGGCUGGAGAAGGUCCAGAUGUCGGCUCAGGCCUCUGCGGUAUCGGAGAGCGGCGACGGGUUUCUGGAGGAUUUCCCUGGAGCCAAGCCUGUCAUUGGUCUCGUCCGUGUGGUCGAGUUCAGAAGUGAAGACGGCUGCUCAUGUUGUUUCUUAUGCCAUUGCUGUCGCAUAAGAUCCACCAAAAAUGACCUGAUUGAUCACCUCUCCAGCUCCUCCCAUCUAGUUAACUACCUGAUGGAAAUUUAUCCUGACCAAAUACAAGCUUUGGGGGAAGUUGGUGAAAAUGACUUCCAGCUUCAGUCACUGGCUGCCAAAGUGGAGGAAGAGGAGGGCAGAGGAGAGAUGAAGAUAGUAAAUGUACCCGAGUCCAUCUGUAGUCAACUCACUGGCAAAAGUUACCACUGGUGUUUAAAGAUGCUUUCAAGAGGAGGGAAACAUUCCAGCCUUCAACAGAAAAGAAAAGCUGUCAUAGGUCUGAACAAGAUUACAGCUCGACAUGCGCCAGAAAAAAGCUUUGUAGCGAUGCCAAAGCGAGCAAAAACAAUGAAACCAAUGAAGAAGAAAAGGAAAAAGACCAAUACCAUGUUUAGCGUGAGCCUGCCUAUAGGUAAAGGUGAACUUCUCCUGGAGAGAAGAUCCUUUGACGCGGAUCAUCUUUUUGAGUCAUCUGCAUCACCUUCAUCUAAAUCGGAGCCAGCUCCAUCACCCUCUGAGGUUUUAGACACCAGGUCUCCUGUAGACCUUAUUGAUACACAGCUGGAGCUUCAAACAUCUCAACGAGAGCAACAGCUCUCCCAAGAAGUUGCAGACUCUGGUGAUUACAUGUCAGAAAAGCACAUCACAGUCACAGUAUUUCAAGGCGAAGAUGGUUAUGUUGGCGACAACCUGCCUGGACUACAUAAGUUAAGGGGAUCUCAGGAAUGCUCGAGUAAAGGCUGGACAUAUGAAGAUUUACAGGCCCAGAACGGGGGACAUUUUGCUGCUGGAGCCCACUCUGAGGAGAUUUCACCUUUUGACUCCUACUAUAGAGAGGGGAGCUGUGGGACCAAUAUUUGGUACGGUUCAGCAUCAGCCGGAGCAGAACGGGAAGCAUCGAGGCUAGAGAGAGAAAGCAGCGAGAUCAUCUCAAGUUAUGGUCAGCAGCAUCAAAACCAGCAGCCGUCAUGGAGCGAUGCAGGUUUUCACACAGGCAGGGUGUGGGGACAACAAGUUCCUUAUUUCAAGGAUGCCAGGAUAAACGUGGAAACUCACUUGGGAGAUACUCCUCUGUACAGGGGCAGCUUUGUAUUGGAUCCUAGAGGACAGGUUCAUGAGACUGAACAGAGACAAGCCCAGGCUUACACGAAAUUCACUACUGACUAUCACCAAACAGCUCCACAGCGCUACACGACUCCGUCCACAGCGUUUGAAGUCAGUCCAAUACAGCAGAGGUUGAUGUUUCAGGCCUAUCAUGAUGCUUCAACCAGAACCAGCCAGGGGCCUUUACCCCGCACCACCCGGGGUCCAUUACCUCGCACCAACCCAAACUUUAUGUAUCCAGUCACAGAUGGAGCUGGUUGGGGAUGGACUCGGGCUGAUGCUUUCAUUCAGCCAGGACAAUCUGCGUGCUACACUCCCAGGCCUGGCGUUUAUUUCAGCGCUGGCAUUCCAAACUGAAUAAAAGCAAACUUCAUGACUCGCAUGGUCAAGUGUUAAAAAUUAGACUAGCUUAAAAAUAUACCCUAAUACUAAUACAUGUUGGAGUCUCCAAAUGUACAAUGAAAUAAUUUGGCUGUUGUAUUUGUUUGUUUUUUUUGUUUUUUCAAAAAUAAUUCCUGAAUUGGAAAUGAAUGUUGAAGAACUGAAGGAAUCACAUUAUGAAAGAUGCCACUGGAUGUGACUAGGUGUAAACAAACACCAGAACAUGAGCAAAAUCUUACUUGAAGUUUAAGACCAACAUGAAAUUUUUAUAUUUCAAGCUCUAUUUUUAUUUUGCCAAACUGAUACAUUGUUUUUUUUCUUUCAAAAUACUGCUGUUUAUAUUGGUUCAGAUACAUUAAAAAUCCCUUAAACUAGGGAUUGCUCUUCUAGAUUAAUGCAUUGCAUUACCUGAGCCAUUGUGUUUUUUCUUUUUUUUUUUUUUUACCGUUAAAGCACAACUGCAUUUAUCAUGUGCAGCUUUGCUUUGAAAAUCCAGCCCUGCAACAACAUGUAGAGAUUUGUUGCAUUUUGUUUUUAGGGCUGUCAGAUUGAAUUUAUUCUGUCGAUGCUACAAUCAUUCACUUUAAUUUAAAGGGAAAUGAAAGACCGAUUGUCAUGGUCUGUGUUACAAUGCUGCAUCUCAAGAAGCCUCUGAAUGACACACAUUCUGGAGAAGAGCAUACUCAGGGUUGUCCAUUAUGUUUUACACAUUAUGAGGCAUCCGUCUUUGCACAGUCGUCUCUGGAUUUGGUUCUACCAAAGAUGUCAUGAUCCCAGUUUUUGCAUUUGAGUUUCCACCACUGUAUAUUUUUCAAUAUGCAUCAGUGGAGUUAUUCGUAAUCAAACUUUACAUACAGAUAAUUUUUCAUACUGUCAGAUGUAACAAAAACAUCCUUUAUAAGUACUGAAAUCCUAGAGUUUCAAAUCCAUAUAGCAAAAAAAAAAAAACUAGAUGAAUUAAAACUGAGAAGCGGUUUGUUUUUCCCCUUCUGCAGAGAAACGGAUUUACAGUUCUUAGAUUGGAUCUGUUGUGAUUCACUCAAAUUUAUGACUUUCCUAAACCUUUGUAAUGAAAGUGCUAAUUAAACUAUUGGAAAAUGUGUUAACCUUAUGUAGUGUGGUAAGAAUUAAUGAAAUACUCUGGUAUGGAAUAUAAAAUGUUACAUCUCAGUUUUGAAUAAAUUGCGUCUUCUUAAA